AUGGGGGCCAGUUGGUCAGCGCAGACUUUCAAACACGCAGGUUUGAUAGCAGAGCAGUUUUUGGAGUCCACAGCAACCCAGCUGUCAUAUCACGGCCUGUGUGAGCUCAACACAACAGCCAAAGAGGGCGAGCUGUCUGUGUUUUUCAGAAACAAUCACUUCAGCACCAUGAUAAAGCACAAGGGCCACCUCUACAUACUGGUCACAGAUCAGGGUUUCCUGCAGGAGGAGAGUGUGGUGUGGGAGAGUCUUCACAAUGUGGAAGGGGAUGGAAACUUCUGUGACUCAGACUUCAGAUUGUGUCACCCAUCCCAGAAAUCCUCAGCAGCCAGCCAACCCACUGCUCAGCAACAGCAGCAAAUGCAGAUCGACCAGGACUAUCUGGUGGCGAUGUCCCUGCAGCAGGAGCAGGGUGAAGCUCCUGGACCCUUGAGUGAUCUGGAGCUGGCCAGACAACUGCAGCAGGAGGAAUACCAGCAACCACAGCAACAACAACAACAACAGCAGCAGCAACCCUCAGCAGGACAGAUGAGAGGCCAGGCCGCGUCUCAGCCUGGAGGACAGAGGCGUCGAGAAAAGAAGGAAGACUCUGAUUGUUGCAUUCUUUAAAUCAGAGGCCACUUGUCACCGUAACCUGACUCUCUUAAGCCAGUUCAGCUUCAGUUAACGUCUUUCUUCUGUACUACUGUUGAAACUAGGGACAUUUCUAGCUGACCUGUCGUCCCAAUGCCAAGCCUGCCUUUACAGUACAGUUGUCCCUGUUUUUGCCUUUCCUUUAGCCUCAUGGUCUGAACUGUUGCUCAUCAUUGUCUUCUGGACCAAAUAAAGGUAGCAGUUGUUUCUAAACACUAAUGAGCAUUUUUGUGAGUGCUACUAAGGAACUCCUGACUAUACCAGGUUGAAGUAUUCUAUUGGACGAUGAAGGACUAUAAUGGUAAAUAAUCAGGGAUUGUAAUAAGACUUUAAUAUUAUACUACAAUGCUACUGUCUGAAGUUUAUCUGUACAGUUACUUGUCAUUAUCUUUUCAUCUAAAGUGAUGUUCAGUACAGAAAGUACACCGUGCUUUGAUUUGCUCAGUAAACUAUGGGGCUCCGGGGUCCUUUUAAGCUGAGCUAAUAAAAGGCACUUCUUCUGUCAAUAGAUAGUGUGUGGCUUUUGAUUUAUGAAGAGUUUCUUAAUCUGUGUUGACAUUUCAAUUAAAACAUGAAUCACCUUAAGUGCAGCAUUUUUGUUGCAGACAUUUGCACACAUUACAUACCAUUAAUCUAAUACAUUAUGUAACAUAUUAGCUGUAACAAAUUGCUUAAAUUUGAUUAGUGACCUAGAAAACAUAAAAUGUAGCAUUUUAUGUCAUAAAUAUUUUUAUUCUUUUCAAAAGUUUCUAUUUUUAUUGCAUAAUCAGGGUUGGGAAUGUUACGUUUAGCAACUAUUCUGAUACAGAUUACAGAAUACAUGCUGUAAAAUUAAAUGUGUAACCUAUUCUGUUGGAUUACUCAAAUUUAGUAAUGUAAUCUAAAUACUUUGGAUUACUUCUUCAGCACUGGCAUCUUUUUUUUAAGGACUUUUAGAUAUUUUUACAGAAAAACAUUUUCAUUAAGAAUAAGAUUUUUGCUGUACAUUCUGCUCUAAUAUCAAAGGUCUUACUAGGGAAAAAAGUUAUGCUCCAACGUGCAUUUUCAUUAUAAAAUAUAAUCAUAUCUGGUAACAGAUGCAUGUCAAGCCAAGAAAUAGCAUUUUAGCUUAGCAUAAAGCUAAAUGUUAACAUGACUAUUUACACUAGGUUAACUAUUUUUGCUGCUCUAAACUUCAAAACUCCACAGUGUACAAUGACAUCCUUUUAUGAUCGUAUGUGGAUUCUGUUCAUAUAAGGCAGAAAACAUAUUGUUUGUAGCUUUCUUUAUGACGUUAAAAGCUACACUAUUAGCCUUUCUUG